GUUAGAGCUUGGUGCAUACUCCCCAAGCGACUCUCAGCAUACGUUCAGGGACUUUCGCCUCGAGCCUGACUAUCCAUACCAAGAACUCAACGAUCUGGACGUGGAAGGGGAGGCGUAUAAGCUGCGGGCUAAUAGAGCCCAAUUUGACGCCUUGAAUGAUCCACAUCAUUCGUGGGUAAACGGCCGCCGGGGUGAUAUAAAGCUUGAAUCAAAGCAGAGAAUCAUGGGGACAUUAAUAACGAUCGAUCGUUGCCCUCCCGAAUACUCAAGGUUCCCCCGACCGUUUCCUAAGGUUGAGAUCAUAACAAGCCUAGUUAUGCAUCGACAUUUUUAUCGGAAAAUUUCUGCCAGUUCCCUGAGUAAACUACUUCGUCAGGCGUUCACGUGCCUUAAGUGGUUCCGUCAUGAAAUGUGGCACGAUGUUGUUCCUAGGCAGCAGUCACGCUUCGAAAAACAAUACAUGCGGUUGAUAUCUCAGGACCUGCCAAGUACUCUCCGGAACCUAUGUAUAUUCGAGGAUUUUAAUAAACUCCUCCACCCGAAAGGAUCCGCCACGCAUUCGAAUCGAUCUUUAGGCAUAGCUCUCUCCAAGUCCAGUCGUUUCCUCGAGAAUCUAUCUGCUGCUUUCCUCAUAGAUGCGCAGGACUUUUUUGCAGCUUUCUGGCCAACGAAGCAACAAGAUUCAGCUACGAUCCCCUGGAGCAAUCUCCGAACUCUGGCUUUGACGUCACAUUUGUUAUAUCCGCGGGUAGCGCGUGUGAUGAUCAACAAGUUGUUAAUCGCUGCAGGCCGGGCAGCCGCUUUCAUGCCUAACCUCGAGGUUAUGGAGAUAUGGAAUGGCGGCGAAGGACAUGCUUGUGUCUUUCAAUACAGUUACAACUCUGGAAAGCCCCGUAUUACCUGGUCAAGCAGUUGGGGCGCUAACAUGGAGUUGGAUGAUGACGUGCUCUGCUGUUGGUCGGCAUUGCCAAAGCAUAAGCAACCCUGGUCUGAUGGUCUCGUUGCUACCGUUGCUCAGCUCCCAAAAGGGCGUAAGCAAAUAAAGACUCAUGCCACAAUAAUUCCCUACUUGGAAACGCGAAAAGGCGUCUUGAGCACUUUUUCGGAUUAUCAGCUGUUCUGGGAGCAAUAUUAUGGACUUAAAAGGCUAGAUAUAUAAAGGUUGCGGAGUUGCUCUUCGAAGGGCAAACAUCCUUCUCUGCUAUAGCGGCUCAAGUAGCUAGAAAUUGAGAUACGAGUC